AUGUCGAUAUUAACUUCAAAUCUGGAAGUGCCAGUAUUUUAUCCGACAUAUGAUGAAUUCGAAAAUUUUUCAUCAUAUAUAUCUAAAAUAGAAUCACAAGGAGCACAUAAAAUUGGCCUAGCAAAAAUUGUUCCGCCAAAACAAUGGAUACCACGAAAAAUGGGCUACAAACAAAAGUCAAUCGACGAAACGAUGGUAGAAAAUCCAAUAAAACAAGAAGUUCAUGGAAAAGAUGGACUCUAUUUAGUAUAUAAUAUUCAACAAAGAUCAAUUAAACUAAGUCAGUUUCAAAAAUUGGCAUCGUCGAGGCGUUAUGUAACGCCACCGUCGAUUUCAAAUGAUUUCGAAAAAUUAGAAAAGAAAUAUUGGGAAAAUUUACCUUCGAUUGCACCAAUUUAUGGGGCUGAUGUUAGCGGUUCGUUUUACGAUAAAAGUCAAAAAGCCUGGAAUAUAAAUAACUUGGGCAGUAUACUAGACGAUCUUGAAGUUGAAUAUGGCACUAAAAUUGAAGGUGUUAAUACAGCUUAUUUAUAUUUUGGUAUGUGGAAAGCAACAUUUGCUUGGCAUACUGAAGACAUGGAUUUAUAUUCAAUCAACUAUUUACAUUUUGGAGCACCAAAACAAUGGUAUGUUAUUCCACCAUCAUACGGUAAACUAUUUGAAAAAUUUGCUGCUUCACGUUUUCCGUCGUCAGCACGCCGUUGUCCAGCAUUUCUUCGUCAUAAAAUGACAAUUAUCGCUCCAUCUAUAUUAACUAAAAAUUCGAUACCAUUUAGUAAGAUGACGCAAUAUGAAAAUGAAUUUAUAAUAACAUUUCCAUACGCUUAUCAUGCCGGAUUUAAUUAUGGUUUUAAUUGUGCUGAAUCAACAAAUUUUGCAUCAGAACGUUGGAUUGAAUAUGGUAAACAUAGUGUUCAAUGUGCUUGCCGUCAUGAUAUGGUUAAAAUCGGUAUGGAUCGGUUUGUACGUAAAUAUCAACCAGAACUUUACGAUGAUUGGUCUUGUGGGACUAAUGUAACGUCACAUCCUGAAGAUGAACAAAUGUUAAAAAAUAAUACAACAAUUGUUCGAAGUUCACCGACAAAAAUAAGAUUACCGAUUCAUUGCAAAUCAUCUAAAACUCCUACUGACUCAUCAUUCAUAACAAAGCAACCUCAAUAUGAUCAUCAUCAACAAAUAUCGGACAAACGGUAUACAUGUAUAUUUCGUAGCUUAGCUAAAUUCGAUAAACUAAAACAAUUAUCAUCAUCCGAAUAUCCCGAUGCACUUGUUCGAGCGGCACUUUGUCGAGCUCAGUUCAAAUUGAAUAGAAACCGAAAGAAAAAUUCGACAAGACUAUUGUGUUUAACUGCUAAUUUAGCACUAAACUCACCUUCCUUACCACCAGCUCCAAUACUUUUUAAUGGUUUGAAACAGUCACAUAAAUAUCGUGAGACUAUUCUUAAUGGUCUUUGGAAUUAUCAAUCAUCGAAUAUAAAAUCCGAACAAGCAUUUAAUCAAUGGUCAUCUAGUUGUGCGAUUUGUUGUCUUUUUAAUGCAAAUAAAUUUCAAAUUGAAUCCAUAUCACAAAUGCGGAAUCUAUUGAUGUUAGAUAAAUUAAAUAAUAAGUCAAAUAUUUCAAAUGAUUUACUUAAAUGUUCUACAUGUUAUGUUAGUGUGCAUCGGGAAUGUUAUGAAAUUGUAUGCUUAGCAUUAAAUGUUCCAAUUAAAAUUGAAUAUAAGCAAUGGCAUUGCCAAAGAUGUACUUUAAAAAGAGAGUCUUCGUGUAAAAUGCUUGAUGAUCGUUGUUCAGCUUGUUUAUUGCGUGGUGGUCUUCUUCUUAAUCCUCAUUCUUCGUCAUCAUUUAUUCAUGCUGUAUGCUCAAUAUUUCAAGCAUAUGAACAACCGGCAUUGUCACUGACUCAAAUAAAAUCCUGUUAUUAUUGUUGGUCAUUUUGUCCAUUAAAUUAUCGUCGUAUAUCCACGCAUAGUUUUGUUUCGUGUAGUAAUACAAAAUGUAAAAUUCAAUUUCAUGUGACCUGUGGCUUAAUCAAUGGAUGUACAUUUCAACUCGAUCAUGAUUAUUCAAUAAUAAAUGCGUGCUGUCAUAUGCAUGUAAUGCAUCAUCAAUCGUCGAUAAGUAUCAACAAUCAACAAUCAUCAGCAGAUAAUAUUGAUUAUGAAACAAUAACGGAAUGUCUUGACAAUCUAAUCGAUGAACAGCAGCUACAACAACAACAUACAGAUGAUGAUAAUGACGAUGAUGAAAUAGUUGUUGAAAACCAACGAGUACCGAUUGGUACACGAGUUAUUUUGAAUGAUGUUAAAGAACAGAAAGUCGGUAGAAUAAUAGCGAAUGAAAUAAGUUUUCAUUAUGCUGUCGAUUUUGGUGAUGGAAGUUAUAGUCGCGAUAUGCUUGCGGAAGAUAUUCUUGAUUAUGACCCAUCGAUUGAACCCACACAACUGGUUAUUGGUUCAAAUAUUCGUAUAAAAUGGACUGAUAGUAGAAUAUAUUCAUGUAAAUAUUUAGGUCGUAAACGUGUUCUUUUGUAUCAUAUAAAAUUUGACAAUGAAACUCGACAGAUGCGUCGAAGUGAAUUUUCAUAUGACGUUCAACCACCAUCGCCGCCGCUGACGCCAAGUCAAACUGAACGCGAACAUAAUUAUAGUCGACGACAACCGUUAGCAACAAAUAGAAAACGACAACAUCAACGAAAACAAUCGAAAAAAGUCAAAAGAAAACGUCGCUGUGUAGUCUUGUCUUCUUCGUCGUCCGAUGAACUAUAG